AUGUCUGAUUUGGCCGAAAAAAAGGAAGCCGGUUCUGAUGCCACGACUAAGGAUGCGGGUGACUCGCCCUCCUCCAGCAGCCUCGCAGAGACCGUCGGAAUCAACGAGACAAAGUUACUGCGAAAACUCGACUAUCGACUCUUGCCUCCUUUAACCAUUCUCUACCUUCUCUCUUUUCUGGAUCGGAGCAAUGUCGGCAAUGCAAAACUAGAGGGGAUGACUGAUGAUAUCAACAUGUCAGGAGAUCAAUAUCUCACGGGCCUGACUCUAUAUUUCAUCGGUUAUGUCCUUUUUGAAAUCCCCGCCAACGUCGUCCUCAAGAAAACUACACCAAGAAUCUGGCUCCCCACACUCACCUUGGUCUGGGGCGUGGUCGCUACGCUGCUCGGUGUCGUCCAGAACUAUUCCGGCUACCUCUCUUCUCGAUUUUUUCUGGGUGUCGCCGAGAGUGGCCUUUUCCCCGGUGUGGUAUUCUACCUUUCCAUGUGGUACAAACGCAACGAACAGCAUUAUCGUGUUGCCUUAUUUUUCAGCGCAGCUAGUCUGGCAGGCGCUUUUGGUGGUAUUUUGGCCUGGGGCAUUUCACAUAUGAAGGGAGUCGGAGGAUACAAUGGAUGGAGGUGGAUUUUCAUUCUCGAAGGGCUCUUGACCGUUGUUGUGUCUGCCAUCGCAUACCUCUGGGUUUACAACUACCCCUCUACCGCCGAGUUUCUCACUGAGGAAGAACGAGAAUUCAUUCAAUUUCGCCUCAAAAAUGACAGUGACGCUACGCGCGAUGAACAAUUUACAUGGCAAGCAGUACUGGAUGCAUUCAAAGACCCUAAGACGUGGCUGUAUGGUCUUGGAUUCCAUACAAUGAGCUUGCCACUAUACACUCUUUCGCUCUUUUUGCCUACCAUCAUUAAAGAGCUGGGCUAUUCUGCGGCCGAGGCACAGCUAUUGAGUAUCCCUCCUUACGCAGUAGCCUUUGUGACAACCAUCGGGGUUGCUAUACUGUCUGAGAGAACGCAUCUUCGUGCGCCUUUUAUUAUGGGAUCGUCUGCCUUUGCUUGUAUCGGAUAUAUCCUUCUGAUUUCGCAGCAUCGAGCUGGGGUAUCCUAUCUCGGUACGAUAUUUGCAGCUGCAGGUAUCUACCCAGCGGUGGCCAUCGUUCUCUCCUGGCCCGCCAAUAACGUAUCAGGACAGACAAAGCGGUGCAUUGCAAAUGCCAUGCAAAUCUCAAUCGGAAAUCUUGGUGCCGUAUUAGGGACACAGUUAUACCGGACUGAGACUAGUCCCCGAUACUUCCUUGGGCAUGGAUUCGCGCUAGGGUAUUUGGUCGCCAACAUCAUCGUCGUGGGUAUUUUGUGGAAGGUCCUUCACAAAGAGAAUGCCGAGAAAGACCGCGUGCGUGAAGUGCGAGGGCUUCGACCUUUGAUGGGGGACAUCGGUGAUGCGGAAGGUGACUUCUUGGGUGACAAGGAUCCACGGUGGAUUUUCCAAACGUAA